GGUGGCAGGAGUGGAGGGGACACUUCACCAUGGAAUAUGAAGUCAAGAAAGGGAAAAAGGGCUUCGUGUCCCCCAUCCGGAGGCUGGUGUUCCCGAAGGCUGGGCGCCGGGCAGCCUUUCGAAGCAGUGUGAGCCGCCGGCCCCUGCAUUCGAUGCCCCUUUAUCCCCCCGACUACCUCAUCGACCCCCAGAUUCUGCUGUGUGACUAUCUGGAGAAAGAGGUCAAGUUCCUGGGCCACCUCACCUGGGUCACCUCCUCACUGAACCCCUCCAGCCGGGACGAGCUCCUGCAGCUGCUGGACACGGCCAGGCAGCUGAAGGAGCUGCCGCUGAAGACCACGGCGGAGCAGGACAGCAUCCUGAGCCUGUCGGCCCGCUGCCUGCUGCUCACCUGGCGCGACAACGAGGAGCUCAUCUUGCGUAUCCCCACGCACGAGAUCGCCGCUGCCUCCUACCUGCAGGACGACGCGCUGCACCUGCUGGUGCUUAAGACCGGUCUGGGCGUGGACCCGGUGCCAGCCGGAGUAGACGCCAGCCCCGGCGGCGCGGGGCGCGACCCGGGCCCGCCCGGGGCGGCGCCCGAGAAGCGGCGGGUGGGCGCCACGGAGCGGCGCCACACCAUCUGCAGCCUUGACUGGCGGAUGGCGUGGGGCGGGAGCGCGGGCGCCGAGGCCCGGGCGGGGGGCGGCGGCGGCGGCAGCCUGGAGCGCCAGCGCGCCGGAGCGCGGGCGUCGGGCAGCUGGGAGCGGCGGCAGACGUUCAGCGGCAGCUGGGAGCGGCGGCACGGCGGCGGCGGCGGCGGCGGCGCCGCGGGCAAGCCGGGCGGCAGCUGGGAGCGGAGGCAGGCGGGAGGCGGCGGCAGCUGGGAGCGGCGCCACCCGGGCCCCAACCCACUCGACCCGCAGGACCCCAGCCCCGACGCCUACUGCAACCUGGUCAUCCUGGCUGUGGCCAACAGGGAUGCUGCAGAGGAGUCCUGCGCCCUCAUCUGUCAGGUCUUCCAGAUCAUCUACGGGGACCAAAGCAUCGAGUGCGUGGACCGGGCCGGCUACCACUACACGUCCACGCCAGAACGGCCGUGGCUCUGCAGCCGCAGUGAGAGCUGCCGCACGGAUGGGACUUACGCCUAUGACGCCGACUUCAGCUGCUGCAGCUCCUUCAAUGGCUCCCAGGACACAUUUGAAGCCUGUUACAGCGGCACGUCCACACCCUCUUUCCAUGGCUCCCACUGCAGCGGCAGCGACCACAGCAGCCUGGGCCUCGAGCAGUUGCAGGAUUACAUGGUCACGUUGCGGAGUAAGCUGGGGCCCCCUGAGAUCCAGCAGUUUGCGCUGCUGCUGCGGGACUACCGGCUGGGGCUGCCCAUCCAGGACUAUUGCGCAGGCCUGCUGAAGCUCUACGGAGACCGGCGCAAGUUCCUCCUGCUUGGGAUGCGGCCCUUCAUUCCGGACCAGGACAUCGGCUACUUCGAGGGCUUCCUGGAGGGCGUGGGCAUCCGCGAGGGCGGCAUCCUCACCGACAGCUUCGGCCGCAUCAAGCGCAGCAUGAGCUCCACGUCGGCGUCGGCCGUGCGCAGCUACGACGGCGCGGCCCAGCGGCCCGAGGCGCAGGCCUUCCACCGGCUGCUGGCUGACAUCACGCACGACAUCGAGGCGCUGGCCCCAGACGACGACGACGAAAGCACGGACGAGGAGGCCCGGGGCUCCCCGAGCGGGGCCGAUGCGGCCGAGGACAACUACCUGUAGCCUGUGCCACCGCCCAUGCGGAGGGCGGGGAAGGGGGUGGCCCCAAAACCCCUCCCCUGAGUCUCACUCGCCGUUGCCUGUGGGACCCCAUCCGCAGACCUCCUACUCAAACCCCAAACCGGGGCUCCACCCUCCCGGGGUCUCUGUCCCUACGCCCGGGGCUCUGGUCCCUGCAGUACCGAGAAUGUCCUGCAGGGGGCGGGAUCCUAACCGGGACUUGGCAGCCCCUAGGCCGGCUGGGGUGGACUGCGAACUUCUUUGUCCCACUAGCUUCUGGACUCUCCCUCCUCCUCGAGACUCCGCAGCUUUCUGGAAGCCAAGGGAGGGAUGAAGAGUGGGCUCCACCUGCUGGCCGGUUGAGAAAAUAAUUCUCAGAGCCCAAAGACCUCUGUUCCUCUUAUUUUACAGUUUGAGAAACAGGUUCAAGAGAAGGGACUUGAGGGAGUCUCCUGAUUCCCCUUAGAUAUUACCUCAAGCUGACCAUACUAAAUGGUGUAGAGGGUCUUUUUAAAGCUCUAAAAGGCAGGGUCUCCCCUUCGCAGGUGGAAUUAGAUCGUUAGUGUGGAAUAGAGGUUUCUUUCUACUGAGAGUCAACCCAGAGGUGGACGAUUUGGGUCCCAGUCCUGGCCCUAAGGCUCUGAACAGGUUGCUUGUUCAGAUCUUGCAUUUGGAGCCAGACAGGCUAGGCCUCCUAUCUGGUAGCAGUUCUAGAUUCUCUGCGUCUCCAUUUCCUCUUCUGACCAUGAAGUCGGCCCCACCCACCUCACAGGGGGGUCAUAGGGAUUACUGAAGGUCAGGACCUUAGUGCUGGGUCUAGCACAUGAUAAGCACUCAAUAAAUGCUGUUCCCUUCCACA